CUCCCGGUGCCCGUGAUCCCUGCGCCGUUCCGUAGCCGCAGCGCACGGAGGCGGAGGAGCGUGGCCGAGCCCGGCCCGCCGCGCUGGCGAGAUGGCGGCGCAGAAGAUUAACGAGGCGCUGGAGCACAUCGCGAAAGCGGAGAAAUACCUGAAAACUGGAUUCUUAAAGUGGAAACCAGAUUAUGACAGUGCAGCUACUGAAUAUGGGAAGGCAGCUGUUGCUUUUAAGAAUGCCAAGCAGUUUGACCAGGCAAGGGAAGCCUGUUUACGGGAAGCUGAGGCACAUGAAAACAAUAAAGCUCUCUUUCAUGCUGCCAAAGCUUAUGAACAAGCUGGCAUGAUGCUAAAGGAGAUGCAGAGGCUCCCUGAAGCAGUUCAGCUGAUUGAAAAAGCCAGUAUGAUGUACCUGGAGAAUGGGACACCAGACACAGCAGCCAUUGCCCUGGAACGGGCUGGAAAGUUAAUAGAAAAUGUGAGUCCAGAGAAGGCUGUGCAGCUCUAUCAGCAAGCAGCAUCAGUGUUUGAAAAUGAAGAACGUUUACGGCAGGCGUUAGAAAUGCUAGGGAAGGCAUCAAGACUUCUGGUCAGAGGACGCAGAUUAGAUGAGGCUGCACUGUCUCUUCAAAAGGAAAAAAGUAUUUAUAAGGAAAUUGAAAACUACCCCACUUGCUAUAAGAAAACUAUUGCUCAAGUCUUAGUUCAUCUUCAUAGAAAUGAUUAUGUUGCUGCAGAAAGAUGUGUGAGGGAAAGUUACAGUAUACCAGGAUUUAAUGGAAGUGAAGACUGUGCAGCACUGGAGCAACUUUUAGAAGGGUAUGAUCAACAAGAUCAGGAUCAAGUUUCUGAAGUCUGUAAUUCUCCACUCUUCAAAUACAUGGAUAAUGAUUAUGCCAAGCUUGGUCUUACCUUGGUGGUCCCAGGAGGUGGAAUGAAGAAGAAGUCACCAAACGCUGCCCAAGACAAAGCCAGAGGACCAGCUGCAGCGGGCUCCCAUGCUGAUGAGGAAGAGGAUGAAUAUUCUGGUGGACUGUGCUAGCUACAGACUAGGUUGUCACAUCUGACUGACUUGUGAAGCUGAGCAUAUCCAAAGGUACCAGAUUUACCAGAGCUUCAUUGCAAUUGUGAUAUGGGAAUCCUAAUAUUAACUUGGCAGCUUCUGGGUGCAAUGCAGGAGAAAAAGCAUGAUUGUACCCAUCAUCCUGAAACAUCUUUGGACUUCAUCUCUUACCUGGCAGGAGCUUCCUUAGGGCCCUGCCUUCAGCUGAUGGGAAAAAUUGAGGAGAGUUUUACUAAAAGCACAGUUUAAAAGAAACCAAAACUUCAGAAGCACUGGAGAGGGAGUAGUACAAAAUUUUAAAUGCUGGAUUUCAACAACUGACACUUCUGGUCCCAGUAAGAUGUUUGCCUUGUCUUCAGAGUUAAAUGUAUCAUCAUUCAUCUGGCUGUUUAUCUCCUGUUUAAGGCCAGUUGAGGCAGACUGUGCCAGGCAGGAUUUUUGCUUGUGUAAGCACUAGGGGGAGCAUUCAGUUUGUUUUCAACAUGUUUUUACUGCACAAUGUUAUUUUAAUACCUUAUUUUUACAGUAACCACAUGAGUGUGAAAAAACACUAAGUCAACUAGUUUGAAGUUAUCUUGCAAGCUUAAAAGUACUUGGAAAUAAAUGUGUCCAUAGUGUUUGUAAUGUGCACCUUAGAAAAGGAAGAAGUGAACCACCAUUCUUAGCAGUGUUUUUGAAGCAUGCCAUAACCAAACUGAAACUGAAACCAAAGGAAACUGAAGUUAGCAGGUAACGUGCACUGAAUAUAAACUUCUGAAGACAAAUGUUUAACAAAAACUUACAUAGAAUGUUUCAAUGAUAUGUUUGAGUUCAUAAGUGUCCUAGGUGUUUAUUUGCUAAUCAGUAUGCUGAAAAUACGAAAUAAUAAAAUGUCUUCAUACAUUAGCAUGUAUGAAGACAUUUGAUUCUUUCAUAUUUUCAAAACAUUGAACAGGUGUCUCCUAUAAGUAACAUUUUUCAAACUUGCUUAGAAUCCAAGGUAACCAAAUUUUAAUGCAUCCUAUUUAUAUUUGGUUUCAAGUCAUCAUAUGUUUUGCAAUCUUCAUUCGUGUCCUGAAUUUGUUUCACCAUUUUAUGCUUAAAAGUUGUUGAGUCUAGAAGUUGAACCUGUGGCUUGUUUUUUCAGCAGGACCUAAGCAAGGUCUGCCCUAGGGUGAUGUCAUUUGGAAUCCAGCAGGGAUUUGUAUGUGAUGCUCAAAGCUCUGUAAACAAGAGACCAAAAGCACAGUCUAAAGUGUUGAGAUCGUGUCUGCCAUAUUAAAGAAUUGGAUGUCAUCAAAAAUAUCAACCACAUGUGUGACAAAAUUGUGUCAGGCGUAAUUGUGAUAAAGGUUCAAAUUUUAGAGCGCUAAUGCUCACUUUGCUUGGGGUGAAUAGCACUCAAUAACAUUGAGAUAGGAGCACAAACUGCAGCAUAACUUGCUGUCACAUUAGAAGGUCACAUUAUUCAAUUUAAUGGGUGUUCAUAAACCCGUUUUGUGUCUUUGUCUUGUGUAAUAAUAACCAUGAGUUUUAAAGCUAUUUAAGAUGCACCUGUAGGUCUUCACUAUCUGAUGGGUAAUUUCCCUUUGUUACUGAUGAUGUAUGUAAAAGUUUUGGCUCUGUGAAAUUUUAGGAAGUGAAUUGCUUUUCUCUGAGAAUGCUUGCAGUUAUACAUGAAAGGUGGUUUUGAAGACUUUCCUAGAAUUCUAGAACUCUUCUAGAAUUUUUGCUGUUGGAGGAACUCACUGCAGUUUAACUGGAGUUUAACUUCUGCCUUCUGGAUUCAAAUCAAGUGGAACAUAACACUUACUGUGGUGAGUCUUCAUCACAGGUAGAAAAAAUGCACAUGUAGGAACUCAGGGGACACUAAGUUGUUUUCUUCAAGCAUUUCCUGCUCCUUCUAGUUCUGAAAUCAGUCUUAUUGUGUGAGCCCAAGGAGUCUGCUUUUUGUGUGUGUGAACAGUUGCAUGUAUCUGAAAUGAUGAGGUCCAUAAGAAAACUGGGAACUGUGUGUGCUUCUGUGGAAGAAUUUUCAGAUUUAUUUAAACUGUGCUUGUAACACUAACAGACCCUUAAAAGAAAAUUUAAAAUUUCUGUUGCAUUUUAAAAACGUACUUUCCAUAUGACAAGAAAAAAGCGCAAAACUGUCUUCCUCCCUCCUCAAGUUGUUUCUUUGUUCUGUGCCAAGUGUGGAAAAUCUGGGACAAAAGUGACUGGUACUAAACAUGUUAAGCUGCCAUUAAUUGACAUUUCUGAUUCUUAGUAGUAGAAUCUUAAUCUUUAAUUGCAAUGUUGCUGCAAAGACCAAAUCUGCAGAAAUGGAAGCAUCUGAAAAUAAGAUGGUCUAUUUUAUAUAACUUAUUCUCCUAUUUUAGACAGUGAAAGUGUGUUAGGAAUGUUAACUGCAAUGUUUAACUAUAGAAGAAACUGUCUGUAUAUUAUGUGUUAGUGUUUGUUUCUAUCUUUCAAAGCAAUUUGCACACUUAUGUAAAUACCAUUUAAGUGAUCUAAAAUGGAAAAUAUAACAUUUACAGCAAGAGAGUUUCCAAAACCAGUGUUGACUGUAAUAAAAAAAUAAAUUGUGCAUGGAGGCUGAGCAAUGGCUGAUGCAAUGUUUAUGUAAAAUCAGAAGAUUUCUAAAUUAUCUGUAACUUAAUAGUCAGAUGAUCAAGUGCAGUGUGAAACCUGUGCUUUACUUGUUCUUUUCCCAAAUUUGUAGUGUAAUAGAGUACAAAAUGUGUUUGCAACAGCUCUACAGAUGCUGCCUCUUGAGGCUGUGUGUUUCACCAACAUGAAGAAUAAAACUUGAAAUUAAUGCA